ACUGCCAAAGCUGAGUUCGAAUUUGUGGUCCUCUUGCCUCAGUCUCCGGAGUAGGGAGAUUAAGGCAACAGUACUGUGCCCCCAAAAUAAGGAUUUCUUAAAAAGCUAUUUUCAUAGGAUAAAGCAACGAUUUCUAGAGAUGUUCCAAUGCUUGUAAUGUGCAGAGCACUGCUGUAGGUGGAAUUCAAGGCAGGACUCCAGCGAAUGCUGUCGGUACCCUGACACUUCCCCCUGAGGACUCGUUAUCCCCUCCGCAGACUGUAUGCAGCUGCAAGACUAUUGGAGACCAGGCUUGGCUUUAACUCCCGAAAAGUAGCCCUUAAAUCAGUAAGGACGAGCAGUGGCGCAUACAUAAGUCAGCUUUCUUAGGCUUUGGGUGGGACACUGGAGCUGUUUUCUAAGUAAUCUCCCAGAGCUCAAGAAGAAUGAACUUCUAUUGCUCACAAGGUAUUUGCUCAUUGAUGCUUUCUGUUGAUUUCCAUCCUUCCCCCGUUUCACCUACCGGAUAAACUGUUUGCGUUCAUAUUUUUUAUCAGGUCGGAUUCUGGGGCCAGCCACUUAAGAUAAUGACCCUGACUUGAACAUCUUUUCAGUAAAGGGCUAGUAACUUUCUACUCUGGCUCCUCCUUCUACCCCGCCCCUUCCUCGAGGCUGCGCCCUCUGUGAAGCUCAGCCCCUCCACUGGCUACUUCAGACUUUAAGAGUCAGUAACGUCACCAUGCUCCAACUCCUGGUUCUGCCUGUGAAAAAUUUUAUCUUACUAUAUGGGAGCUCCCCUUAGGAGAUGACCACGCCCGUUGCGAGGAAGAAGCCAUCAAAAUGUAUGUGUCUAACCUACUUAACGUCCUGAGCUUCUGGAGACAAAGAAACGUCAAUUUCGCAGUCCGGGGACCUGCAUAUUGGUCACAUGAAGUUUAGGCGUCUGUGGCACUAAGAGCAGUGACAAGAACUGGUUCUUGAGGCACUUGCUUCACCCCGCCUUAAAAUAGCGAAUUACCCCUUGGCGUAAGGGUUUGUUCACUCGUUGUACGGAAAAAUUUAAAGCAUGGCCGCUCCCAUCAAGUGAUUAUCGAGAGGGUGCGGCCAUCAUACCGCCCAUUGAAAUUCUGAAACCCCAGAAUCCUGUUCUCUGGAAGGUUGCUUAGUGGCGGCCCACAGCCUCAAAAUCGCGACUGAGUCUGCGCGCCGGCUCCUCGGGCUGCAAAGAGCUUGUACUGCGAUGAAGCAGCUUUCUAAUGAGAGAAAUUUCGGAUUAGAGGCACGAUCCGGGGUUCUUCCUGGCAAAGGUGAUCACAUACCCAUCAUCCCAUACUCCAUGGCAACCAGGAUGGAUGUGACCUUGCCUAUGGUUAGCAAACAAAAAGUUUACUGAAUUCAAGAGAUUCAAGUGUGUAUUUGGUGGCAGAGAUGCCAGAGGAGAGAUUCUGUGCCCUGCACUGUGUGUCAUAUCAGGAAGCACAGUCAGUCAUGCAUCUCCUUCCUGGUGAUGUUCACUGAUCAUUUGACUAAGAGACAGGGUCUUGCCUUGUUGCCAGGCUGACAUCAUACUCCUAGGCUCAAGUGAUCCUCCUGCCUCAGCUUCCUGAGUUGCUGGAACUACAGGUCUCAAUUCUGCUUCUAAGGACAGGAGAAAAUGAUCGAGUAUCAGCUUCAGGAGAUACCUGUGUCAUUCAAAGAUGUGGUUGUAGGCUUCACCCAAGAGGAGUGGCACCGGCUGAAUCCUGCGCAGAGAGCCCUGUACCGGGAUGUGAUGUUGGAGACCUACAGCAAUCUGGUCUCAGUGGGUUAUGAAGGCACCAAACCAGAUGUGAUCCUUAGGCUGGAACAGGAAGAAGCACCAUGGAUUUGUGAGGCACAGUGUCCAGGCUGCCGCUGUCGGGAAGACAUCUGGCAAGUUGAUGUCCAGAGGAAGAGACAGCAAGACAUGUUUUUAAGGCAAGGUUCAUUCAUCAGCAAGAAAGCAUUGCCCAAGGGAAAAAUCCAUGAAUGUAGUAAGUUCGGGAAAGUAUCACUUCUGAGCACUGAUCUUUUUCCUUCAAUUCAAAGGCCCAAUAACUGGGAUCCUUGUGGAAAGAGUUUGAAUGAUAAUUUAGACUUGAUUGGUUUGAAGAGAAACUAUGCAAAAAAACAAGAUGAGUGUUAUGGAUAUGGGAAAUUGUUGCAAUGCAGCAACCAUGAUAAAAGAUCUAAUGGAGAAAAACCUUGGGGAUGUAGUCACUGUGAGAAAGCUUUCAGCCCUAACCCAGCACUUACAUAUAAACCAGCAGUGACCAAUUCUCUUGUGUACAAACGAAAGAGGAUUCCACCUACAGAAAAACCUCAUGUCUGUAGUGAGUGUGGGAAAGCCUUCUGCUACAAGUCUGAAUUCAUUAGGCAUCAGAGAAGUCACACAGGGGAGAAGCCUUAUGGUUGCACUGACUGCGGGAAAGCCUUUUCACAUAAGUCAACCCUAAUUAAACACCAGAGAAUUCACACUGGGGUAAGACCCUUUGAAUGCUUUUUUUGUGGGAAAGCCUUUACUCAAAAGUCACACCGCACAGAACAUCAGAGAACACAUACAGGAGAGAGACCUUUUGUGUGCAGUGAAUGUGGGAAGUCAUUUGGUGAGAAGUCAUACCUCAAUGUACAUCGAAAAAUGCACACAGGAGAAAGACCCUACCGUUGUAGAGAAUGUGGAAAAUGCUUCAGCCAAAAGUCAUGCCUCAAUAAACACUGGAGGACUCAUACAGGAGAAAAACCCUAUGGGUGCAACGAAUGUGGCAAAGCUUUCUACCAGAAGCCAAACCUAAGCAGACACCAGAAAAUUCAUGCUAGAAAGAAUACCUACCGGAAUGAAAAUUUAAUGAUUGUGGGGAAUCCUUAACCAUGAUACCGUUUCAUUGGGUAUAGGAAUUUAUCCCUAGGAGAAAUCUUUUUUUUUUUUUUUUUUUUUUUGGUU